UCCUCCACGUUGGCCGCACAUGCGCAGUGAUAUUUACCACCUGCUGGAAGUCAAACGCUAACAAGGAAGUCUGGCUCUGAAAGCUCGAUGUUUGGCGAAGCUAGCAGAAAAUAAACACCACCGACGGGGAGUAGGCUUUCUGCUGUCCGCUCGUUAGCUGCAUCUGCGUGGAACGAUGUUUAAAAAACUCAAGCAGAAGAUAAACGAGGAGCAGUCACCGCAGAGGAAUGCGCAGUCACCUCAGCAGGCCCAGAUGGGCGGUGGAGACCGGCGAAGCAGCCAGCCACACCCUUUUCACCACGAUGUCACGCCUUCUCCCAGUGACAGAGAGAGUACCACCAAAGGGUCUCGGUCUCCCAGAGGCAGCAUUAAUGGGGAUGGCAGCGCCUCUCCUCAAAAAGAGGAGUCGCAGUCGUUCGCCCAGAAGCUGCAGCUGAAAGUUCCCUCUGUGGAGUCUCUGAUCCGAGGUGGGGCGAGCCGGGCGGAAAGCCUGUUCCGCUCCUCCUCAAAGGAGAACCUGGUCCGGAGCUCGUCACGUGAUUCCCUGACACAUUUGGGAGAAAAUGAGGCGGCCCCCUCCUACGAUCCACCAUCAGAUAUUGAGAGUGAAGCAGAGGAGCCGCCAGGGAGCGCAGAGUCACUUUCUAAAGAACAACUGCUGCACAGACUGCUUCAAGUGGAGAGGAGCCUGGGGAAGUACAGAGGGAAGUACUCGGAGCUGGUUACUGCGUAUCGAACAGUGCAGCGUGAAAAAGAAAAAACACAGGCCAUCCUCAGUCAGAGUCAAGAUAAAGCCCUGCGCAGGAUUGGAGAGCUUCGGGAGGAACUUCAAAUGGACCAACAGGCCAAAAAGCACUUACAAGAAGAAUUUGAUGCAGCAUUGGAGGAGAAAGACCAGAUGAUCACCGUCCUUCAGACACAGGUUGCUUUGUUGAAGAAACGAGCCAAAGGCGUCUCUGAUGGUUCAGUGGCGCCUGACCAGGACGUUCCUCAGUCUGAGUUGGCAGAAGAUUCAACAUCUGCAGCACAGAGUCUUUCUCAAGAGCAAAAACUGGAACCUGAGAUUGCAGAGGCAGAGGGCAACAGCGAUCCAGCUAAACUCCUGGAGACUCUGCAGAAACGAGUGACGAGGCAGGAAAACUUGCUGCAGAAGUGCAAAGAUGUGAUCCGCACGCACAAAGACCGGAGCGCACAGCUGAGCAGCGAGAAUGAAACUCUGCACCAGCAGCUGCAGGAGCGGCUGCAGGAGCUGGAGAAGAUGAAGGAACUGCACACAACGGAAAAGACCAAACUGAUCACUCAGCUGCGCGAUGCCAAAAACCUGAUUGAACAACUGGAGCAGGACAAGGGAAUGGUGAUUGCAGAGACCAAACGGCAAAUGCAUGAGACUCUGGAAAUGAAAGAAGAGGAGAUAGCACAGCUGCGCUCCAGACUUCAACAGGUCACGGCUCAGAAGGAGGAAAUCCAGGAGCAGAGAGAAAAAGCAGAGAAAUCAGCUUUUGAAGAACUUGAGCGAGCUCUGAGUGCAGCCCAGAGGGCGGAGGAGGCGAGGAAACAGCUGCAGGUUCAGCUGGAUGAGCGAAUGAAAGAAGUCGAGAGGGCCAGUGAAGAAGAGAGGAAGAGUCUUCAGCAGGAACUCACACGCGUCAAACAGGAAGUCGUGUCCAUAAUGAAGAAAUCAUCCGAGGAAACGGUGUCAAACUUGGAAAAGACGCACAAAGAAGCUUUGGCUGCUAAAGAAGAGGAACUGAAGGAGAAAAUUCAUAAAGCAGUGGAGCAGUGUAAGGAGGAGUUUGCUCGGUUGUCCAAGGAGCAGGAGCAGCAGGCCUCUCUGGCUCUGGAGGAUUCCGAGUUGCAGAAGGCUGCUAUAAGGACAGAGGCUGAUGUUAAAGUUCGGGACGUCCAGCUGGAGCUGGAGGCUGCAAGAACAAGGAUUUUGGAGCUGGAAAGUUCAAUGGACAAGAUCUCAGAAGAGUCCAGUGUCUCUUCUGAGCUUUCCAGCGAGCUGGAGAAGCUGAAGAAUCAACACAAAGAGGAAAUGGCAGCAUUAGAAGAAAAGCAUCAGGAGGAACUGCUAAAGCACAAAGGCGAUCUGAGUCAGCAGCACAACACUGCUCUUCAGGAGCUCACGGAAAAACACCGAGUUGAAAUGGAGAACCUUCUAAAAGACAAGGAGAUGCAGUUCCAAACACACGUUGAAGACAUGAACCAGAAGACAUUAGAAAAGCUGGAUGCAAAGCAGACCGAGUUGGAAGCUGUUUCUGCUGAGUUGUCAGAGGUGUUGAAGAGUAAACAGAUUCUGGAGGAGAAACUGUUGGCAGCAGAAGCCGCUUCCACGUUAGCUCAGCAGGAACAAGAGAGACGCUUCCAAGAUCUGGUUUCAAAGCAUGACGCUGAACUGGAAAACAGCAGGCAGGAGCGUGAUCAGAAGGCUGGAGAUGUACAAAAAACUCUGGAGGAAAAACUUGGUGCACUUUUAAGUGAAAAGGAAAAAGAGAUCGAACAGCUCAUCGCUAGGGAAAAAACACUACAAGAAGAAUCACAUUCCACUACAGAACACUUACAGAUCAAGAUUAAGGAGCUUGAAGAUCUACAGCAGAGUUUAGCUGAAGUCCAGCUAGAAAACAAGAACUUAAAGGAAACAAACACUCAGUUAGGGAAGACCUCUGAAGACUUGGAUCAGUGUAAGAAGGAUUUGAUAGAUCUGAAUGAGCAUUUGGAGACAGCGAAGAAGGAGUUUCGUCAAACCCAGAAGUUGCUUCAAGAGGCUGAACGGCAGUUAGAGGAGAGCAAAAAGGAGCUGUCGGAGAAGGAGAAGUCUCAUGCAACUGAGCUGGAGGAACAGAAGCGCCUCAAGAAACAGCUGGAUGAUGAAAAGGCUGCUCAGGAAAAGAAGCUAACCAGCGUGGAAGCCAAGCUGAAAGCACAGGAGACUAAAAUGGAGAAGUUCAAACAGAAGGCCAAAGAGAUGCAGGAGAACUUUAAGAAAAAGCUUCAGCAGACUGAAGAAAAUGCUAAGAAAGAGCUUGCCAAAAAGGAACUGGAGCUUCAACAGAAAGAGCAGCAAGUUCAGGAAAAGAUUGUGGAGAUGGCUCAGAAAAGCUCUCAAGGUCUGAGCAGCACCGUGUCAGAGCUCCAGAGCAACCACAAGGAGGAACUGGAGAAACUCUACGCCGCUCACAAGCAUGAAGUGGAGGACGUGGAGCACCGCUGGCAGAAGAAGAUGGCUCAGCAGGAGGAAGAGCUGAUGGAGAAACAUUCAGGUGCGCUUCAGGAGAAGGGUCAGGAGCUGAGCGAACUUUCUGAGCAGUUUAAUGUGAGCAGAGCUGAAAACGAACAGCUGAUGAGUGAGAUAAAAACUUUAAAGGAUGAUUUAUCGAAGCGAGAAAUGACUGUUCAGAAGCUGCAGGAAGAGCUCGACAAAGCAGCAGCCAAGAUGGAGAGUUUGUCUCAGGGCGAAGUGUUGCUGAAAGAACAAAUUGAAUCCAUGGAGAGGAAACACGAAGAGAUUCUAAACGAGAGGAAUUCCCUAAAACAAACUCAGGAGGAGAGUAUGGACAAACUUAAAACGCUGACAGAAAAGCUAAAGGAAACAGAGGAGCAGCUUGAAAUGUUGAAAAAUUCUAAAUUUAAGGAGAAUGAGGACCUGCAGAGUAAAUUUGAAGAAACAUCCAGUCAACUACAAGCCAGUGAGGCCGCGUUCCAGCAGGAACUGGUUUUAAUUAUCACCAAAAUGGACCAUUACUGUAAAGAGGUUCAGUCCAAGGUUGAGAACGCCUCCAACGAGCUCCAACAAAGAGUUGAACAUCGAGUGGAGGAGCUGAACAGCAGGUUGAUGCACAGUGAGGAAAAUGUGGGAAAACUUAAAAGGACCGUCCUCACUAAGUUAAGUGGGAUUUGCACUUUAGAGGAAGCUCUUCACAAGCACACAGAGGAGAAGAAGAAUCUAUGCAUUUCAUUAGAACAGAUGUCUGCUCAGGUAAAUGCUCACAUGGAGCAAAUCAAAGCCUUAACACAAGAGAAGGAGGGUCAAUCUCAGCACAUGAACGACCAAGCUCAGAAACUGGAGGAGCUGAGGGUGGCGAACGCUUCCAUAUCAGAAGAUCUGAAAACAAAAGAGCAACAUCUCCAAGACUUGGAGAGCAUCAUCGCUGAUGUGAAAAAUCAGCUUUUAAGUAGCAUCAAAGAGAAAGAAGAAGCCAUAAAUCAGCUAAACCAGCAGCAUGAAGAGGAGAGACGGCGAGCUGCGGCUCAGAUGAAGAAGACCGUGGAGAGGUUAGAGCAGGAAAAGAGGUCUGCUCUGGAGCAAGCGGACGCCCUCAGGAACAGCCUGUCUGAGCACCAGAACACGGCACAGGCAAAGCUCACCCAGGACAGCGCCACCAUCACCUCCCUGCAGUCCAGGCUUGAAGAGAUGGAGCAAGAAAUAUCUAAAAAGAAUCUAGCUCUGCAGAGGCUGGAGGCCAGUUUUGACAAUCAGUCCAUCAGCAAGUCUGAGAUGGAUCAGCUGCUGAGCGAGAAGGAGCAGAAAGUCAGUGACCUGACGUUGGAGCUGGAGAGAUGCCGAAGUCGUCUGGACGAGCUUCAGCAGCAGUUGGCUUUGAAGACCAGCGAGUGUGAGCAGCUCGCCUCUGACCUCAAACAGCACCAAAGCAUCCGGGAGAACGAGAAGAAGGAGCUGGUGGAGCAGCUGCAGCAGAUGCAGAGCUCUCAGAACGGCAGUUUGGAGCAAGAGAUGGUGGAGAAACUGCACUCCCUCGAGGAGGACAACCAAAAGUAUCGACAGGAGCUGGAGAGUCAAAGGGAAGAAUAUGAAAGAAUAAAAGCCGAGUUCAGCAGGAGUAAGGAGUCGAGUCUGAAGGAAACAGAGGAGAGGUUGUCUGCAGAGAGCGCUCGGAAAGUGUCAGAGCUGAAGAAGAAAGCCGAGCAGAAGAUUAGCCAGAUUAAGAAACAGCUUACUGCUCAGAUUGAGGAAAAAGAACAGACGGUUAAGGCUCUUCAAAGCAGCCUGGAGGAGAACAAGAGCAACGAAGCUCUAAGCAAAAAACACGUGGAAACUCUAGAGGAGAAAACGAAGACUCUGGAGGAAUCUCUGAUCAAGCUUAAGGAGGAGCAGGAGAAGCAGCUUCAGCAGAUUUUGAGUGAUGAGAAACUUCAAAAAGAAAAGGCUUUAGAGGAAAUGAAAAGCGUUUAUGAAGAAAAGCUGAUCUCCAGUCAGAGAGAUGCUUCACAACAAGAGGAGCUGAAAGAAACCGAAUCUGCUCUGAGGGAGAUCCAAGAAAAGCUGAAAGAGGCUGAGGAGCAGAAUGAGAACCUUCUCGCUGAAAUAAACCGUUUGAAAGAGCAAAUAUGUGAGAAGGACGCCCAGCUCCAUCAGUAUGAUGCGAGUGCAGAAGUUUCAUCCAGGCUGGAGGCUGAGACGAUGGUGGAACAGAGCAGCAUUCAGCAAACUGCAAGUGAGAUGGACAACAAGAGCGAUGACACAGAUGAUCCUCUGCUGUCUCUAAAGAAUGAACUGAGUAAAAUCAGGAAUGAAAAAGAGAAGAUCCAGAAGGAUUUCACCAGGUUACAGAAAGACAUGCGGGUCAUGAGGAAGGAGCACGAACAGGACCUGGAGUACGUGAAGAAAGAGCUGCUGGAGGAGAACGACAAAAAGCUAAAACAAGAGCUGGAAGAUUUGGAAUUGAAGCACAACUCCAACAUCAAACAGUUAAUGAGGGAAUUCAACACGCAGAUGGCUGUGAAGGAGAAGGAGCUCGACACCGCCGUGAAGGAGGCCAUCGCCAAAGCUCAGGCUGUGGAGGCUGAGCUCAUCAACAUUCACCGGGAGGAGGCCAGCCAGCUGAAGAGCAUGGUGUCUCAGAAAGAGGAGGAUUUGCACAGAACUGUUCAAAAGUAUGAACAGGUCAUACAGAACCGAGAAGAGGAGAUGGGAGACCGAGUCUGGCAGGUUCAGAAGCAGCUGGAGGAGUUGCAGACACGCUGCCGGGACACCUCAGAGUUGACCUCAGAGGACCUACAGGCCCAGCUCGCUGAAAAGACGACGCUGCUGAGUGAGGCGAGGCUGAAGGAGCAGGGGUUUGUAGAGAAAAUUCACUCGCUGGAGGACAAGAUUAAAUUUCUGCACCGCGGCACUGUUGUAACUCAUCUGGGGAGCUCAGUGAAAGAUCCUGGAAUUGGCAUUCCUGAUGCUCUGUCAGAAGCCACAGAGAUGGAGUACCUGAGGAAGGUUCUGUUCGAAUACAUGAUGGGACGGGAAACGAAAACAAUGGCCAAAGUAUUAACCUCCAUGCUGAAGUUUCCUCCAGACCAAGCACAGAUAGUUUUGGACAAAGAAGAUUCAAAAACACUUCCAUGGUUACGAUGAGUUCUCGAUUGAUUUGGGUUCUUUACGAUCACAUCGGCUGCUGCUAUUGUGCUGAAGGGGAAGACUGCCAUGGAUGAGGAAAAGUCCUUCUCUCUGUAUCUCAUGGUUUAUUGGUGUGUGUGUGGGGGAAAGUCUGUGUGUGUGAAAGAGAUGGUGUGUGUGAAAUCAUCGAAAAGGUUUAAGGGAAUUUCAUAAUCUUCCAUAAUCCAUAGCUUAAAAUUUGUUUAUUUAUGUUUUAGAUUAUAAAUACUUUGUUUUAGGGUUUGUUUCUACAGGUUGGCUUGUGCAAUAAAUGAUAUCACAUUCUAAAGCUGACAGUUGAUUUAUAAGUUCCCUUGUUGUUGUCCGAGUCACUUCCUGUGUAAAUCCACAGACGACCCUUUAACUGUGCGUUCUCCUCACGUCGACAUACGGGCCUCUGGUUGGAGAUGGCGAUGGCUCAGCGCCGCUUUUCUACACUUGAUAUUUUUAAGCUAACGCUCACAGAAACCCCAAAGUGCAAAAGUGUAAAUUAUUUUAUGAGAACUACCACUGUAGUAUGGGACACUUAAUGACUUGCUAUACAUUUUCAGACUGAUGGAUUAAAUCUUAUUUACAAAAGAA